CACAACUGCCAGGCCUGGAGGACCAACCCAGGAGCACAGGAACUAACUUCAGCAAAGAUUUUGGAACCUUGCCAUCCAAUCUCUCUCACUCCACAAAUUUGACUGCAAGUAGCAGCGGCAUAGAACAUCUAUCAAAGAAGGAACCCACCAACAUCAAUCUUUCCACAGUUGAUCCAGUUCUAUCCUCUCCAAAUACUUUACCUAGAAAUUUUACACUUGGUGCCACCUGCAAAGAUGAGCAGCAGAAUCGUCACAAUAUACCAAAACUGGAUUUAGAAAAGAAAAAGGACGUGUUCCUGGAACACCUCAAACAAAAAUAUCCUCACCAUGCUGCUGUCAUCAUUGGACAUGGAGAGAGUAUAAAGGUACAGCCAGCAUUAUUAGCUGAGGUGGAGCUGUGUGGAACAGCACUGUGGUGACAAAAAGCGGCUGAGCAGGAGAAACAGAGCUGGUCUCUGUCAGAGGACCUGAUUCUGAUACAGAAACAAGCUACACACACAGAACACAAGUUUCCACAUGGAUCAAGAAAACAGCAAAGAUGGAAUUUUACCUCUCAUAAUGGAAUAUUAGCUCUUAGAACUUGCUGCUGUCCUCCUUCCCAGUGGGAGAGGAACCUUUUAUCUUCUAAAAGCCUCGACUGUUCAUUUGCGGAGAGUUUGGUGAAAGAACAGGAGCCUUGGGUUUUAGAGACCAUGUCUGACGGAGAGCUUCCCUCUGCAUCAGUCACCUUCACACGAGGCUGUAAAGCCAGGGCAAGUCUACCUGCAGCACGUUCCGGCUGUCAAACAAGAGACAAGCUACCAGGUGUGCUUUUCCUGCAGUAUGAGGGGGAGACAAAGCAGGUCAUGAUUUCAACUGAAGUCAGCAGCCAUGACACCCUGCAGGCUCUGUUUGUCACUGCCUUUCCUCAUCAGCUCACCAUGAAGAUGCUACAGCCUCCAAACAUGGCCAUCUGCAUCAAGGACACCAAGCGUAAUAUGUACUAUGACCUGGAGGACCUCAGAGACAUAACACCAAAUUCCUGUCUGAAAGUGUAUCAUAAAGACCCUGUCCAUGUGUUCUGCCCCUCUGCCAGGCCUGUCAACUCUGAAGGAAUGCAGAUAUCUAAGGAGGUGUUGUACGGAAGUCACAGUCCGAUCCACAGCAAGCAUUCAUCCGGCCGCCACACCCUGCACAGUUUGCAGGGAUCAAUGUCCCCGCCGAUGGUCCGCUCCAUGCCCUCCUCUCCUUCCAGACUGGCUCAUGGUGGAGGUGGCUUCCUCGGAAAACAAGGAAUGGUAGAUCCAGGCAGUACCAUAAUACCACAUGAAUGUCAGCCUGGGCGAGGGCGGCCCCGCACCGUGUUCUCCAGCAGUAGUGCCAUACUGGAGAGAAGAGAUGUGAAGCCUGAGGGAGACAUGCGUAAAAGCACAGCCUUGGUGCUGCGUGGAGAUGGAGCAUCACAUUACCCUGAGUACUACCGUUCAGCCUCAGUGGAAGUAGGAAGAGGUCACCACAGUAUUUCCUCCUAUUGUAGCAGUCCUCCCAUACUCACUGGAGGAAAAAUGGAGGCAGGGGUGCUUGGGAUCCCUGGUGGGCUGCAACAGUACCGAGCCUCCAUCAAACCCCUGGUCCAUGGGGAAAGCAUUCAAAACCAUAGCAACUCUCUUCACAGGCAGAAGAACAGGAAGUAUGGAGACAGUCAGAUUCAUCCACUCGGAAUCAAAAGUCCUCCGCCGUCCCCUCACAAAGGGAAUGAAGUCAGGAUGUUUAAUGGACAGGUGACUGGAGGUGCAAGCCAAGUGUCUCCACAGAGAAUGUCACCUAUUCACCGCUCCCUAGAACGCAACAGUAGUGGGCUCACAGUGGAUGUAAUAAACAAAAGAGGCUCAUCAUCCUCUACCUCAUCAGUAUUUCUUGACAGUCCUCUGGGUCAACCUGAAACUCUUUUUCCGGCCCAUAUUACUGCUUGUAAUGUCCAAAGUGAGAGAAUGAGAGCCAUGGAGGAGCAGAUAGCCAGUCUAGCAGGACUGGUGCACCACGCCCUGUCCAUGAAGUCAGAUGUUCUAGGACAAAAGGAGGUUAUCAGUCAGAGUCCUGAAGACAAACUCCUCAGCAAUCGACUUGGUGGGAAGUUAUUUUCAGAGGCAUUUUCUGACUCAAAGGCCCCUGCUGCUCUGACUGAAAGCUUCAGCCCCACUCCUCUUGCCCUCGAGGUCCCCCCCUGUGAUGGCAAACUGCGACACAACUUGAUGUCUGUGAAGAGAAAUAUUUGUGAGCUGCGGCUGCAACUCAGCCAACUCAAGUGUUUACAGCUAUCCAACAUGGAGAGUGUGAGUUCAAUGCUGCGUAUGGCAGGUCCAGAGCUGGUGAUGUUGAUGUGUGAGAAGCUGGCCCAAUUUGAGGAUGCAGCAUACAGACAGAGAGCUGAGAUGGAUGAGGACAGGAUCCGCUACCUCACCUCCGAGGAGAAAAUCCUCACACAGCUUAGUGAACUGGAGGACUUUGUGGAGUGCUUGGAAAGCUCCUCUCCAGUCCAUGGCCAGCCAUCCUUCACCCUCAGAGAUGUGGAGGAGGGAGCAGUCAGCCUGCGAAGGCUUGGAGAGGCUCUGGCUGUCCUCAAAGGAGAAUUCCCAGUGCUGCAGGCAAAAAUGCGCUCAGUGCUGAGGCUAGAAGUGGAGGCAGUGCGCUUCCUGAAAGAAGAACCUCACAUGAUGGACUCCAUGUUGAAGAGGGUCAAAGUGCUGACUGAAUCUUUUAGCUCUCUCCGCAGACUUGUGUCCGAUUCAGCACCCUCAGCAAGAUCCGUUCAAGUGGAGCCUCUGAAAGUACACAACCAGGAAAAAGCAACGACUCAGAGCACACGCAGUUCACCCAAACCACAGCCUCGGCACUCAGUCAAAGCCCCCCCACCCAGUGUUAUGUUUGGAAGGCAGGACGAGAAUAUACACAGACCAACUUCAGAGGGCAGUGUGUGUGUAGACAUCAGGAGCGUUAACCAGUCCAGUACCAGCCAUGACUCCCAGCAGGAGAGUAAUGAUCCCAGUCACAGUCAGUCAGUCCACCUUCAGGAGACACCAAACACUGAUACAAAAUGUGUAGUGGACGUGCCAGAGUACACUGCCUCAGGACCGAAGUGUCCCUCCACAUCAACGUCACAGCAGAACACUCCUGUGGAGUUGAUACAUGAUGAUAUUUCUGAAGCCCAGAAAGAUUCAACUUUAAAGCAAAAUGUUGUUGUGGAUUCCAGGGAGAGAAGAAGUUCAAACACAGACGUUGCUGAUCCACCUGCAGCUGUUUGUCCACAAGCAGAGAGCAGCAGGCGGCUGCAGGUGGAGAAACCCCGCCGCUCCACCGACAAGAGGCAGGCCAGCAAGUUCCCUCCCCCCCCACAGAGGUCCGGAGAACCAGUCAUCAUCACAUCCAGAGAGACUGAUGGGAUUCAGGUUCCUAAAGAAAUAUCAAAUAAAAUUCAUCUGCCAAGUGGAAAUGGAAAGACACCUCCACCCGUUACCAAAAUGUGCCCCUCUGACAUGACAAAAUGUGGACAGAGGUCCACUCCUCAGUUUGAACAUCCAAACGUCUCUUCUGUUAAAGCCCAGAUUCCAGGUGUGGCGUCAACAGCUUUGGCCAAGAUGGAGGUUCAGCAAGCGCUUUCCUUAAACUGCACCUCGGUGGUGAAGGUGUGGUCAGGGGAGAGGGAGCUGCUUACACUUCCAGCCAAACAGACAGAAGAUAUUCUUGUUAUGAACGUGCCUGAUCAGUGUGAGGACGAAGCAGCUGGACAUACACUCUCCUCUGCUGUGGCUGAAAAGCUUGUAAUUCCUCUAAAAGAACAAAAUCAAAGUCCUAAACAGACAAAUGGAUUUAUCAAGAAACCUCUUGAUGAGAGGGCGAAUGGAAUGUUGGUUUCAUGUUUACAAAAUGAAAAUGUUCAUGAGGAGCGCCGGGUCCAGCUGUCGCCAAGUUUAGGGCCAAAGCAGCUCUGGAGUUCUGCUCACGAACGUGAAACUUCUCCUUCAGGCCCCAAACCUUUCUCCCGUUUGCCUGACGUCGCCUGCAGGCCAAGCAGCAUGCAGCAGGAACAAGACGCAGCUUUGCAGGGAUCCAGGGAUCAACCAGCAUGGAGAGAAGGAGGAAGAGUGAGAUUCACAGCGACAGAUGACAGAGCAGCUCCUCUUUCUCCACAAACUCCUGAAUGUAUUCAUAGAAUCCCCCAUACACACAUUAGUUCACAGUUUGGUAAGGAGGAGCCAGGUAAUAUGAUGGAUUUUGAAGGCUCUAAUGUGGAAUAUAUUCACUGUGGUUUUCAAGAUAAUGAUGUAUCUGAUGAAGACCCUGUGAUAGUUUUCAUAGAGGACACUGAGCCCUUUUGUGUUCCUCUGUCUACCAUCUUUGAGUGUGAAGAAGAGGAUGAGGAGCUUUUGGCUCCCAACAGGAGUCUGGAGGAAGAACCAGAUCUGAAAUUAAAAUUUCCCACUGGACCUGAUUCUGACAUCUUAGGAAAUGUGAAGACUUCUCCUCAAUCUGCAUCGUUUUGUGACUCUGUUUCUAAACUCCAAGGCCAGGAUCAGACAAAAAUGAACAUGAAAACCUGUUCCAAAAAAAAGUUUAGUAUAAAGUUCCCCAAAAACAAACUGGCCGCCAUCAGUCAGGUAAUACGAACAGGAACAAACAAAAAAGGGAAAAAGGUUUCUAAAAUAGUUGCACGUGACGAAGAGCAGAAAGCAGGAAACAGACCAGUCACAGAAAGCAAACAGACCAAUGAGGUGAGCAUGAGCCAACAAUUCCUCCCAGACAACUCCUCUGACAGAGACUUCACUGCAGGUAUCAGCCUGUCAAAGUCGUACCCUCGGGUGGAGGAGCUCCGCAAGAACACCUUAGAUUCAAUGAACAGUUUGGAGGAGUCCAUCAAGCAGCUGGAACUGGAACUCUGUGUGGAAAGCAUAAAUCCCUCAUCUGACAGAGCUCAACUUAAAGGAAGAGUGAAAGAAAACAAUGGCAGAUCUCCCUCCAAAAGAGCAGCCGGUCAGAUGGUGAAGAGUAAGAGAGUCAGACCACAGCCUCUGCUCAGCUCGGCCAGCCAACAGAGCUCCAACACGUCUACCGAGCGGCCCCACAACAAGCUACAGCACGCCCCCUAUGGGUCACCUGAGGGAACGGCAGAAGUUCUGCAUCAGCCCAACAAAAGCAGCAACAUGCUGUCUCAUCCUCAUGCUAACACUAGAAGAGGCCUCUAAGCAGCAAGAGCUAUCACUGCCAUCUCUACAGCUACCACUGCGUUCUACUCAUCAGCUCCUCCCUGCCCACCUGCCUCCUUCUUCUCCGCCACAUGAGGAGGAUGUUGUUAAUGGACUCCUGAACUGACAGUGGGAGUACGUACAGUUCAGCCAUCUGAACUCCAAGAAUAAAACAAGACAACCAAUGAUCACACCAUAUUCCUACAGCAAUAUUGUGUGUGUGUGUGUGUGUGGGUGUGGGUGUGCGUGUGUGUGUGUGUGUGUGUGACUGGACUGCACCUUGCCACUCCAAGCCAAAAAUAUGUAUGCACGUAUCGCUUAAAAAUAAAUGUUAAUAUUUGCAUCUUGUCUUACCUGCUUUAUUUAAGCUAUUUAAGCUCAGCUCUAUUUAUUAUCAAAUAUAUUUUAGCAAAGUAAUUAUAGACGGUUGUAAGAUAGUACUUAUUAAUGGAUACUGUUGUUUAUGUAAAAAUGAAUAAUUUACAGGUCAUAUGUAAAAAAAGCAGAAUCAGUGUAGAGUUCUUACUUACAUAGUUUUCUGUCUCUGUUGAGGUUUAGAACAGUUUGAAUUUUUAACUGUUUGGUUCAGUAGAAAGUGACUCAGAGGCUCCAUGUGCAGACAGACGGCUGAAAUGUUGAGGACAGAUGAGAUGAACAGGUCAUGCAGCUGCAGCAGAGAGACUGCUGGACGUCUUUGACAGAAUAGUGAUUUAAUAAGUCUUCAGAGUCAUGGAGGAUGGCGAUGCUGUGGGCAGGAAGCAUCUCCUGUUGUGGUCAGUAUCACAGUGGCUGUGAAGAAGCUUCUGACUGAAGAUGCUGUUGGAUACUAAGAACUGCAUAGGAUGUUUUUUAUUUGAUGAAGAACCCUUCUUUGCAUCAUCAUCAUCAUCAUCAUCAUCAUCAUCAUCAUCAUCAUCAUCAUCAUCAUCAUCAUCAUCAUCAUCAUUUCAUCAAGUGCAAAGCGACUCUUGUAUGUCCGGAGCCGGAAGUUGCUCGUCCCUGAUCUAACUCCAAAUUUUGUAAUUUUGCAUUCCAAAAUAUGGGAUGCUAUUUUCUUUACUGUACCACAAUAAGUUUACUGCCAGAAUUCAUCAGUCAUUGCACCCUGGAACUUUGUGUCUUUUCCAUUUUUAUUCUUCUGGAACACCCAAACACAUAUGUGAUACGAAUACAAUAUUAUUAUCUCACAUUAAGAAUAAGCUGCAGAAUAUUCUAUGUUUUAAAACCAGAAAUAUAAUUCAGUCUAAGUUGUGAACUGCCAGAUGUCCAAAUUCAGCAGAACGUGAGCAAUAUCAGCUGGCUUAGGCUGACUCUAAAACCUAUUUUCUCUGCUUUUGACAUACUGAAAUAUUUUUUUAUGUGUAAUAUUAAUUCACAAACUUAAUAUUUCAAUUGAGCUAUGAAAUUGAAGAUAAUUUCAAAGCUCAUGUUUCAGUUGGUUUGAAGAAGAACACAGGAACAAAGAAGAUGGAAAUACUCUAAAUAAGAACCUAAAAUGUCAACUACAGGCAUGUUUUUGAAUGGAGAACUUGUACGUCAUCUUAUUAGAUCUGACUUCAGGUCAGUCUGUCUGUUUUGUUAAGAGCAAUGUCAAUUCUUCCUCUCUUCUGCUUCUUAUAUAAAAUGUGAACAUUUGAAAAACACGUUGAGCAGAAAUGCUUGUAUUUCCUAUAUUUAUUUGUGUGUUCAUAUAAAAAUGUUUCUCCUGACUUAGCUGUUUUUAAGAGUUUGUCUCAUGCAGCUAUUA